CACGAUGUAGAGCAUCACGCAGGCUCAGACUCUGAUGAGUCGCUCAUAUUUGAACGCUUUCUUCAUCUCUCCAUGGCCUCGCAGCCCUUCGACUGCGAAGUAUCUUGCCUUGUUUGCCUCGUUUGAAAAAGAAGACAGCUGCGCUCGCUCUCGCCCCUCCCCCCACCCUUCCGCCACGUCACACCUCGCGCUCGUUUGCAACUUAGGUACCGCAUCCAGCCUGCUGUGCUAAUCGCAGCAAACGCGCCAGCAUCUGCAACGAUCCAUCGAGUCUUCCAUCAUCGUAGAGCCGUCGUCAUUCACCAGGCCGCUCGACCACUCGAGACAAUACUUUAUGGCAAUCGCUUCGUGUCCACGACCCUUUUGGGGGGACGAAGACUUCACACAAUGCUUUCGGGACAACUACAUCAAUCGGCUCUUGCCUUUGCUCGUAGUGAGCCUGUCUAUGCUGGUAUUGCUGGGCAGAAGUCUGGCAUCUCAGUCGCGAAAACGGCGCUCACGUGGUGCUGUUGCAGGCCUUGACCCUGCAGCAUCGUCAUUCACCAUCCAGAAUGACCGGGCGCCCUAUGGCCCCGAGGCGAAUGCGACAUCUUCGCGCAUCAGCACUGGCAUCUUCGCGCAGAAAGUACCCUUUCCAAAGAGGAUUCUGUACUCGCUGCUGCCCUGGAACGCUUCCCGCCUGACACAAUGGGCCCCCAAGCAGCACGUGGACGCCAAGGGAACCCAAAUGGCGGCUGCUCAGCUGCUAGUCUGGCAAACUGAGAACGCGGUGGUGAUCAACGAGGUCCAUCGCUCCUCCACCAAUGCAACCACACUAAAGCAACAACAGCUUGAUCGCAAGUCGGAGCUAGCAAAAAGGGUCAUCGAAAGCUUGGGAGGCGUGUUUGCUGCUGCUUUGUACGCUGCCGAUAUCUCCGCGCAAAGAUGGGCGUGGGUGGUCUUGUGGAGCUACAUUGCUCUGCUAGGAACGCUUUCGCUCGCGACGCGUCGCGCUCUCUUCGCGCACAAGGCCGUCCUAAUACUCUUAGCAUUCGCAGUCUCCAUUCUCAAUCUGCGUUCAAGAGUUCUUGAUGAAGAGCGCAAAGCUUUGCCGGUGGCGCAAGUGAUGGUGAGCGGACUUCUAGCGCUGCCUACACUGUUUGCUCCACUGCAUGGAAAGCUUCCACGCAGACUCAAAGCGAUUCAUGCAACCAUGACUGCGCGCAAAGAUUUUGCAGAGCCCGGUACAGCGCUGCCGAGCCCGCGCUUAGACGCUCUGGAUGAGGCACCUAUUUCCGGGGUUGACGAGGAGACUCCUCUACUUGCCGCCGCGGCUCCGCAAGGCAGUUUGAGGCACGAACCACAUGGACCCGAGCUGUCGAACGCUCGUCCAGAGCCUCGAGUGGAAGAUGAUAGACCAAUACCAAGUGCCCCAGCUGAGCCGGUCCCAUCACCAGAAAAUCGCGCCAGUCUCUACUCUCGCGCCGCGUUUGGCUUCGUCACGCCCUCGAUUGUACGUCACUACAAGGAGCAAUUCACUCCGGAGACUGUCCCGGAUCUUCCUCCCGCCGAUCGUGCAGCAGCUUGCGUGGCAAGCUUUCGCGCUGGCGGCACCCGCGCAGAUGCUGAUGACCAAGAUCACCAACAACUCGCGCCCAGCUCAGCGCCUUUGGUCUGGCGAUUGCUUUCGCAUUUCAAGGGUCAGCUCCUGUUGCAGCAGAUUUUUGCGUUCAUCGCUGCGGUAGCCACCUUGACCCCUCCUAUCGGCCUGCGGCUCAUUCUGAGCUACAUUGCGGAGCGCGAUGCAAGCAAGCGAGGCUCGCAAGAGCCACGAACGAGCUUUCACAUGGCCCUCCUGUUCGUGGCCUUUCUCGGUCUUGGACAGGUCACGGCAUGCGUCACCAAUUCGCAGGCUCUGUGGGUCGGGCGCCGCAUCUGCAUUCGCCUCAGAGCCAUUCUCAUCUUUGAAAUCAUCGCCAAAACACUGAGGCGACGAGAGCUAGCUGGAACCCGCAAAGUCGAGGGAGAUGAUGACAAGAAGAACCAAGGCGACGAAAGCGGCGAUGAUGGGAAAGGUCACGAGAAAGACUCGAAUGAACCUGCCGAUGCCGGCCAGGUUUCGAAUCUUGUCUCAGUCGAUGUGUUUAAGGUCAGCGAGAUCGGAGCCUACCUCCACUUCCUUUUCCCGCAAGCACCUAUUGAGCUUGGCUUGGCGUCCUAUCUACUGAUCCGCCUACUGGGUCCAAGUGCAGUCAUUGGUCUGGGCGUUCUGCUGCUUAGCGUACCUCUUCAGACCUUGACGGCACGAUGGUUCACGAGGGUCUCGGAUGAGCUCUUGCGCGCAACAGACAAGCGUCUGAACUUGACAACAGAGGUACUCAACUGUAUGAGAACCAUCAAAAUGUUCCACUGGGAGAGAGCUUUCGAACACAAACUCAACGAGACUCGAAAUGCAGAGCUUAGAGUCUUGCUUAAGCGCGCUGUUGCGUGGCUUGCGAGUGCUUUGUCGUACUUCGGAGCGCCGAUGCUCGUCACUUUGGCCACGUUGACAGUGCACACGCAAGUAUUUCACAAUCCACUCCCUGCAGAGACGGCCUUCACAGCCCUGGCACUAUUCAACGCUCUUCGGAGUCCCAUCGACACUCUGCCGGACAUGAUCGCCAAUAUCCUCUCUACCUUCGUGUCCUUACGUCGCAUUGACCGAUUUUUGGCGGAGCAGGAAACAAGCAAGUAUGAGCAACUUUCACCUGAAUACCCGGACGACCCCUCGCAAGGUUCUGGAUCUCGGGUCGGAUUUUCGAAGGCGCGCUUCACCUACGACUACGAGGCCGAUUUUGACGAGCUCGACGAGGAUGCACCUGUGCCCUUCUGCCUCGAAGUGGAUGUUCAAUUCCCCGAAGCUCUCAGUCUUGUUGUUGGACCUGUGGGGUCGGGCAAGACCACCUUGCUGAAUGCGUUGCUCGGAGAAUGUCGACAGCUAAGUGGAAGGGUCUACUGCCCUUGUCCUGUUGCCCGCGCUCUGGUGCGGCCCAAUCCUCGAACCGGUCUCAGCGAGACCGUGGCGUACUGUCCGCAGACUCCUUGGCUCAUAGGAACAACUGUGAGGGAGAAUAUCCUCUUUGGCAACAAGUUCAACGAGCAGAGAUACGAAGCAGUCUUGAAAGCUUGCGCGCUCGAGGCAGAUCUCAAAGUUCUGGAGUACCACGACCUGACCGAAUGCGGCGAGCGUGGCGUGGCUCUCUCCGGAGGGCAAAAAGCGAGAAUCGCGCUUGCUCGAGCACUCUACUCCGACGCUCGAUAUGUACUGAUCGAUGACGCGCUCUCAGCUGUUGACGCACAUACCGCCAAAUUCCUCUAUCUUCACUGUUUGAAGGGGCCGCUCAUGCAGGGUCGGACUGUCAUCAUGGUUACGCACGCUGUCGCUUUGUGCUUGCCUGGCGCAUCGUUCGUCGUUGCCCUUGAAAAUGGCCGCGUUCAAGCAGCGGGGAGCCCCGCGGAAGUGCGCGCUUCGGGCGCAUUAGACGACGAGAUCUCGAAUGGGGGAGAGGCAGCGACUGAAGAAGGCGAGAAGGAGCAAACGAUCGAGGAGCUCGAUGAGGGCGUCCGUGCCGCAGAGCGCGCUGAAAUCAGGAAGAAGCAGGCGAUGAAGAAGUCUCACGUCAAUGAAGAGACGUACGCCAAAGGAAGCAUCGGCUUGGGAUCUUACAAGCUUUACUUGCGUUCCUUUGCAAAGACCUUGACAGGUCUCGCCCUUUUUUGGAUUGUCACAAUCGUCGUCUUUGUCACCGUUAGGGCGACAGAUGUCAGUGCCGCAGCGUGGCUACGUCGAUGGGCAGCGCUAUACAGCGGAGGCCAGACAGAGGCCACGAGCUCUGUGACUGCCGCAUCUGCGACGCCUUGGCAUAGUUUCUACUCGGCUCAACCGCUCAUAUUACCUCCGGUUAAAGCCCUUCAGAAUGCCGCAAGUGCAGCAAUGCAGCUACCCAGCUUGAACGCCGCACGAGCGCUCGCCGCGCCAGACCCGACAACAUUGUCGCAACCAUCGCAAGAUCUGACGACAUAUUAUCUCAGCAUCUAUGCGAUUUUGAUUGGAUUGUAUAUUCUGCUCUGUCUCGUCAGAGAUGCCUUAAGCCAAUUGGGAGCGCUGUCAGCGUCUCGCGAGCUCCAUCAGCGCUUGCUCUCCGCGAUCCUCGCCGCGCCUCUUCAAUUUUUUGACAAGACACCUGUAGGAAGGAUUGUCAAUCGUUUUUCAAAAGAUAUUGAGACCAUCGACCAGGAAGUCGCCAGCACGCUGUGCUUCUUCGUCGACGUCGUAUUGCAGGGAACCACAAUCCUCGUGGUCGCCGUCUUUGCAGUCCCAGCUUUCAUCGGCGCUGCUGCCCUGGUCGUCGCCACGACCUACUUCAUCGGCAGGCUCUACUUGACCCCUUCUCGCGACCUGAAGCGUCUCGAGUCCAUCUCCAGGUCUCCAAUCUUUACCCUGGUCGGAGAGGUGCUCUCUGGCGCCGUCGUCAUUCGAGCGUGGGGAGACGCGACUAGAUUUACCCGCCACUGCUUGAGGCUUGUAGAUAAGACAAACCGCCCCUUCUUCUUCCUGUGGUUGUGUAAUCGCUGGCUCGCUGUCAGAGUUGACACAAUGUCUGCGGUAGUAACCGUUGGCAUUGCCGCUUUCCUUGUUGCCAAUGAGCGAGUAGACGCAGCUCUGGCUGGCUUCACCCUUAGUUUCAGUAUUCAACUUGUCGACGCAGUGCUUUGGAUCUUGCGCAUGGCUGUCGCAGCCGAGAUCGAAGCCAAUUCUGUUGAGCGGUUGGAAGAGUACAUGAAGCUGGCGCCAGAGGAGCCUGCAGGCGCAGGUCGGGAACCCCCAGCUGCGUGGCCUACAGACAGCGCUCAAAUCGUCAUCGAGAAUCUCUGCGCUCGAUACGCGCCCGAGCUUAAGCGCGUUCUUGAUGGUGUUUCUUUCCAAGUGAGGGCUGGAGAGAAAAUUGGGAUCGUGGGGCGCACAGGAUCAGGCAAGAGCACCCUCAUUCUGGCUCUUCUACGCUUCCUGGAACGCGAAAGGGGCAGCAUCACUAUCGAGGGCAUCGAUGUAAGCGACGUGCCACUCGCCACUCUCCGUGAUCGCCUAACAGUGAUCCCGCAAGACGCACAGCUCAUCAGCGGUACCGUCCGCUUCAACCUCGACCCGAUGAAUCGCUGCGGUGACGCCGAAAUAUGGGCAGCACUGGAGCGCUGUCAGUUGGCAUCUCGCAACACCUCUGCUGCGUCAAGGGCUGCAAGUCGCGCGGCGAGUAGGGCAGCAAGCCGUGCAGCAUCGCCAGUGCGCGAGCCAGAGGAUGGCGCAUCAGAGGACGACGCCUCGACCACGGUGGUGACCAGUCUGGACAUGAAGGUCAGCCAGGGAACCCUUAGUGCUGGUCAACGACAGCUCAUGGCGCUAGCUCGUGGACUGCUCAAACUUCGUGACUCGCCGAUCCUGUUCUUGGACGAAUCGACAGCAAGUCUAGACGCUGCUUCGGAUGCUGCUUUCCAGCGCACGAUCCGCGAAGAGCAGGCGAGCCGGCGCCUCACAGUGCUGACUGUGGCUCAUAGGCUCAAGACCAUCAUAGACUACUCCAAGGUGUUGGUCCUUGCCAAUGGCAAAGUCUUGGAGUUCGAUACCCCUGCAAAUUUGCUGCGCAACGAGCACUCAGAGUUUAGAGCGCUAUGCGAGAGGUCCGGAGAGAUGGAUCUCUUGAGAGACAUGGCCUUCAAUGCGGAGCGUGCUGAAACCACUUAGAAUGCUGCUGUAUAGACAAUCAAACUCGCAGCACCAAUGCUGAUGAUUUGUUAAUGAAUUGCACGACGUGGAGGAAAGGAGCGUGGCGUGCUUCGCGCUGCGCCGAAAGAUUCAAAAUAAACGCGGCGUGACAUGGGCGGGUCUGG